GGGUUGGGCUUGCCCGAAUCCUGGGCGACCAGUGUCAACAAUGAGGCCUGCGCAGCCGGGCCAGGAGUGUGCGCGGGGACAGCAGCGCCUCGAAUCCUCGCAUUGUGAUGUCACGGCCUCCCGGGCGAGCCCGGCUCCGCGCAUUUGCAGUUGAAGAAGAGCAUAAGAAACAUCUGCAUUAUCUAGCCAAGUGUGCUGUCACACAGAACCAGCCAUGCCUACAGAAGGAAAAACCGAUAUGGAGAGGAUUGGCCUCUUCAGUGAAAUGGAAUAUGUUACCAUUGGUGAUAAAUAUGCCUCGCAUUAUAUGCGUCCUUUUAAUGAAGCUGCAAGCAAGAACAAGCAGAUAUUACCUGGAGGCAGCAAAAUGUUAUCAGCUCUUCAAGCAGGUUAUUUUGAGCCCCAGUUUGUGAGGGUUUUUGAAGGUGAAGCCUAUUCAAACCGUGUUCAGCUAAGAAGGCGAUAUAGAUUGGCAGAAUCAAAGAAAAAUUUGGGCAAAGCUUUUCUUCCCAAUAAUGGAGACAAAUUGCCAUGUGGACUGGGUAGCUAUUUUGGAACCAUAGGAGGUCCGUUUCCAUAUUUCAGUGCUCAGCUAAAAGCCAUAGAGAGAUAUGUUCCUCCUGGAAAGAAUUUGUACACAAAUCCUGGAAAGAAAGGGACUGGAUAUGGAUAUCCAAAUCUUACCAUAGGUAAACAGUAUCCACACUCAGCUGACGUAUAUGAAAUAGGAAGGAUAAAUGCAAAGAAAGCCCAUGAAGUACAUCAGAAUUUAGUUAAAGGAGGGCCUUUCAAGCUCAGUCUCUAUCCGCGGGAGUAUUUUGAUGUGAAUCCAUAUCAUGAUGACAAACCUUUGCCACCAGUUAAGAAGCCACCCCCAGAAAAGCCAAUUGCAUCACCCUUUAAACCAAGUUCUCCUUCUAAAAAGCCAGGUGGCAUGAAAGCCGGCACAUUUGAUCCUUAUCCUUCCCAUUCUGCUGAUCCCUAUGUCAUCAAACGUUCUAAAGCCAUCACAACCAAUAAAGAAGGACGGAUUUUUCACCCUUCUCCUGGACCAAAAAGCAGACCAGUUACGAGUAUAAUGGCUUUAAAUAUAACAAGAUCAUUAAACAUAAUGAACUACAAGACUGCGCAUCUGACAUAAUAUUAGCUCCCAGCAGCAUGAUUAAGAACACCCUUCUAAGACUGUAAACUGUAGCAAUUCAGUAAUUAAUGAAUAUAUGAAGUAAAUAAAAGUUUUGUGGAAGAUGGAAUUUAGUCAAAUAAGGCAACACAGAGUUUAUCUGCAUCCUGUUUGAAGGCUAUAUUUUAUAAAUUUAUAAACAGAAAUACAUAUGUUAUUUACAGAUGUUUAUAAAAUCUGUAAGUAAGUUAUUUUGAUAUAAAUUAAGAUCUCUGGAUGAUAUAGUUUGCUUAUAUUGUUGGGACAAUUUAUAUAUGUAAUACAUUUUUUAGUGUGUAUCAUUUAGAUGUUACAUUUGAUACACUUCAUGGUGGUGGCAACCAUAACCAGACAUUGCCUUUUUUGAAGUAAUCACCAAUAUAUUAACCAAGGAGAAGAAAUAUUAUUCAAGUUGAAGAUAAGGUCAACAUUUUCCUGUAGAAAUAAUGAAGUUUGACGUGUAUCUUAAGGAUGCCAAAAUGUAUUGUUGUAUUUUGAUUGCAAAGCAAUGAAAAUGGUUCGGGGACUGUGGUACAUGACUUCUGAGAAGAGGUUGAGGGAACCGGAUUUAUUUAGUCUGCAGAAAAGAAGACUCAGAGAGGAUAUGAUAGUAGCCUUCAACUACCUGAAGGGUGGAUCCAGAGAGGAUGGAGCUACACUUUUCUCAGUGGUGGCAGAUGACAGAACAAGGAACAAGUGUCUUAAGUUGCAGCAAGGGAGGUUUAAGUUGAAUAUUAGGAAACACUUUCUCACUAGGAGGGCAGUAAAGCACUGGAACAGGCUACCCAGGGAAGUUGUGGAAUCUCCAUCCUUGGAGGUUUUUAAGACCCGGGUAGAAAAAGCUUUGGCUGAGAUGAUCUAGUUGGGGAUGGUCUUGCUUUGAGCAGGGGUUUGGACUAGAUGACCUGUUGAGGUCCCUUCCAACCCUAAUAUUCUAUGAUUCUGUGAUUAUCUUCAGAAAUAUCUGGAUAUAUCCUCAAUUAAGACAGCUUUCUCAAAAAGAUCCAAAAGGGAUUGAGGCCGCAAGCUUUUCCUAGUAAAGACUGCCAGUAGUUCCAUUAAUCAGCACUUCACGUUGUUCUUCUUGGCCUCCUGAAGGCAUGAAGUUCUGUCAUCUUCAUGAAGAAUCUAAUGUGCCUUCAAAAAUAGCUCUUCUAAUCUAGGAUCUUGAGUACAAAUACAAACCAUAACUCCCAUCCUAAAAUAGAAAGGCAGUUAGUUAGCUGUGCUAGUCUGAAAUUAGGGAGAAGACCGGGCAGGGGAGCACUUUACAUACCUAACCCCAUUCUGCCCUGCCUUCUCCCAUCUAAUUAGUUCUUUAUCUAGCACUUGUAUGAGGUUGAAAGUAUUCAGAGUAGCAUUUUGGUAUAUCAAGGUUAAAUUAGUAUAAAAAAUUCACAAAAUGCUCCAUUUUGAACACUUAAAUAUAAAAUAAUAUUACAUUAAGGCAAUGCUUUUGUAACAACUUUUAUUAGUGGACUCAUUUUAGUACCCAUAGAGAUUCUAAGAAUGUCCUACCAAUUGGUUUUCACCAACUGAUAGUGAACAUUUGUACUAAUAUUCUGACUAAACACCGCAUUUUCUAAUAUUUGACAAUAUAGAAAUGAGAAUCAAAUUAUUGGCAAGCUCUUAAAAAAUUCCCACUGAGAUCAAUAGAGAUUUUGUCUUCAAAAGUUACUGCAAAACAUGCCCCAGCAGCAUAUUUUUAAAAUUCAUUUGUAUAAUAGUUUUUGUACUUGACCUUUCUAAAGAGAUUUUUUUUUCUUAGAUUCUCUGGUUUUAUAUUGUGAAAUAGGUAUUGGUGAUUGUGCUAACUGAUGUUUUGGCAUCCUCUUCAUAAUAAAUACCAGGAAAAAUAUAUAUAUAUACACACAAUAACGUGGGUAUGUUCUCCAUUGCUUAACUCUUUAGGUUCAAAUUACUAGGUAGCAAAGCAAACUGUGCUGCAUUUCUUCCUGCCUGCAAUUCUAAAUCUUGACUCCCUGAGUGAUUACAGAUGUAGAACAGCUGACUGAAAUAGUGCUAUAAUAUUUCUUCAGGUCCUUGUGCAUCUUCCCUUUUUGUAACUCUUCCUCUUCUAGCUUCUUUUGUAUUUCAGCAAUCUUUCCAUUUUCUAACAAAGCGGAAACAUUGGAGACUGUAAGUCUUAAUUAGAGAUUAAUGUUUAAAAAUUCCAUUGGACUUUGUCAGUAAAGAUAGUUAGGCUGUGUGGAUUAGCCUCAAUUCUAGUCAUAAGAGGUACAGAUUUCUGCCUAAUACUAUAAGUUUUCUGGGGCAGAAAAUGUGUCUUUGCUUGCCUUUGUAUUAGCAGAAAGCAGUCAUUCCUGAUUGUUAUUAUAAUGGGGCCCAAUUCUGGUUAGGGUCUGUAGGUGCUACUGGGAUACAGAAAAUAAUAUUUCUAUUGCUAAUCUUUCCCUUCUUUUCUCUCCAUUUUACUGAAAUGGUAGAAUUUGGAACUUUCUUAGAAUCUGUCUUUAAAUACGGCUUCAUUGUUAUCCAGGGUAGAUAGGAUGAAAGGCACUACAAAGUACAAAAAAUAACAAUAAGUAAUUUUUCUUUUCACCCUCUGACUAAAAAUUGAUAGCACGUUCAUAACACAUUUUGGACCAGAUUCUGAUCCAAGUAUCACAACAAAAAAACUGGAGCAAUUUCACUGAAGCCAAUUAAGUUAUUCUAUAUUUACAACAGUAUUAAAUAAAAGCAGACCUUCUGCAUCAAUUAAUAUAUCUUUUAAGGUCUCUUCUAAAUUGGGCUUUCCAAGGCAGUGGACUUUUCUGUCACUAGCCAAACAAAUAGUACUCCUAAGCAUGUGGAAAUAUUUACAUCGGAAUGGGCAGACUUUAUUUGUACAAAAAACAUUCUAAAAUAUACGCAGACUACAUUUACAGUUGUGCCCAGCAACUCCACUUGAUCUUUCAUGCUAUACAACCAUGUACUAGAAGAGCCUAACCCAGGGGCGGGCAAUUAUUUUGGGCAGAGGGCUGCUUACUGAGUUUUGGCAAGCCAUCGAGGGCUGCAUGACAGGCAGCCCAGGGCAGAUAAAUAUUAAUUUUCUAAAUUUUUUAGGGGCCCCAUGGGCCGGAUAGAAUGGCCUGGCAGGCCACAGCUGGCCCCUGGGCCGCAUUUUGCCCACCCGUGACCUAACCAUAUGCAACUGUUAUAAAUGGCUAGGAAAAAAUUCCCAGGCAAGAUCAAUAAUGUUUCUUGUGAGGGUUAAGGUACAAUAAUGGAGCUGUAUAGAACUGUUUGCACAGCUUCUGUCUAUGCUAUUAGACUCAGCAGCACUGCAGCGUCUCAUCUAUAUGGGAAGCGCAGUCACAAAUGCUAGAAAAGAGCUGUUAUGUGCCUUGAUGCUUUAUUGAACAUUAGGAAGUUACCUCUCAUGCCUCUGGCCUGUGAAAGAUGUACCCUAAUGAGUGUAUCUCAUCCUACUAAAGCAAAUACAAGUCUAUAGAAGGGAUUCGGGGAACUCCAGUUUGUUGUUUUAUUUUUCUUUCAUGAAAUGAUUUGGCAGUAGUGCCUUUGAGGUAACUAAAAUGAUCCCUUGAAAAAUACAGUAGAGUGAAGAAGUAAACUACAGUACUCCUUCUGGGGCUACAGAGCCAUUAUACUAAUCCGCAUAGAUGAAGUAUCACAUAAGAAAAAUUUCUGUGACAUUCCUCUUUUCCCCAGCUCCAUAGGAUGAGGAGACUAGUUCUGCAGUAAUGGAUUCUACUUUUCUCUCUAAUCUCCCUACAAAAUUAUGUCCUUCUGCCUACAUAUAUCUACACUGGAAAAAUAAGAUGUAUUAGCAAAUGUCUUAAAUCUCCAGUUGUUAAUUAAAACAUUUGUAAAUAUGACUUCAUUACUUGUGAAAACAAAGAAAAUGUUGAUUAAAAGUGUGGGUUAGGUAUCAUUAACCAUAAGAAAGACUGAAUGUCUUAAUGAAAGAUGCAUAGUUCAAAUUCAUGUUAUUGGGCGAGAUGCCAGAAUAACUAUGCACAUUGUUCUGGACUCUGUUAAGCAGUUAGUCAGAUUAUAAAAGCUAACACUCCCUUCUAGGCUUAAAAUUUGUGAGUGAGAACCAUAGGUAGCAUAAAUAGUCAUGGCUUCUUUGACUUUAUUGGUGCUAUAACAAUUUACAGCUGCAGCAAAUCUCUUUUAGUAAAAAUGAAAUGCAGCCAAGAGUCCGGCAUUCAAAAAAAGCAUGUGGGAAAAUGCUGACUGUAAACAAAAGCUUUAAACAAAAAGGUCACUGUGGUAAUGAAAUAACUGGACAGUAGAAAUUUUAAUUGGUUUAAAAGAAGGAAUGUUUAUUACAGUUUCUCUGAAUCAAGAGACUGUGUUGCAGUUUAGCUGGAAUUGCCUGAAAAAGAAAGACAGUUUUCUUUUUAAAAUAGCAGCAAGAAUUUCUUUCAGGUCAUAAUUAGGACAAAAAUGGGGAAUGGCCUUGAAAGCACAAUUUAUCAUUUUAAAGGUCCAUUCAAAGGGCCAUCUACAUCAAAAGAAAAACUCCCAGGCUUUCAAGAAGUUUUGGAUAAUGUCCUCAUUGUGGGUCUGUUGUAUCAGAAGAAAAAAAUGUUGUGUUACGUAGAAUCUUUUUUUUUUUUAGAAACAAGAGAUUCUUAAAAUUAGAAAAACAAAUCUUAUACUGGUCUUAGAACUUAACUUCUCUGGUCAGAAAACUCAAGUAUUCAGAUAUGUUAAUACUUUUAGUCAAUAAUUUUAUCUGAAAAGCUACUUAGGUUCAAACUUGGAUAAAUAAAAAUAAUGGUAAUAAAAAACUACUAGCGUGGUAAAAUGUUGUAAAGUAUAAUGCACACCUCGUGGAUUAUAUACUAAAGCUGUACACUUGUAAUCAGAAAUUUCUUCACAAAUUUUUGUGGAAUAUGUAGAGCAAACUUUCUCCUGACUCCCUGAAAUAUACCUGUAUUUACACUCCUCAUUAAGCAGGGCAGUGAUUUGGUCCUGCACAUUAAUCCUUCUGCAAAUGGUGGACUUCAAAUUGCAAUACAUCCCUCUCAUUUUCUGUAGUUUCCAGGUGGUUUUCCAUUAGUAAGUGGUCCUCAUUUAGUCUUCUGAUGCUAAUUUGAUAUUUGGAAACAUCAUGUUUAUGGUCCUGUAUUUCUUUUUUUAAGUAGCUGAUUUUCCUCUGUGAUGUUUCUGACAACAAUUGAUAACCUCUCCUAGUCUCUGUCCACAUUGGCCAAAUUAGUCUUCAAAGAGUCAAUUCCUGCUUUUGCAUUUCUAAAUUCAGUAAGGAGUUUCUCCUCGGCAUAAACUUUAUCUGAUUGGACUUUCUCAAGCUCCUUCUAUUGCAUUUGUCUCACUUUAGCACAUUCCUGCAAUGUCAUUUCAAGGUUAAACUUUGUUUUCUUUAAGUGACUGCACUGAUUGAAGAAGAGUCUCCUGUUCGGAUUUUGUUACAUUUUCUUUUUCUUUCAGCUGCUUUAUUUCAAUCUGAUUUUGUACAAGUUCUUUUUCAAGCGAGGUUUUUUUCUCGCAUGAGCUGGGAUGUUUUUGUUUCUAGUUUCCGAUGUGCUUCUCGAAAGACUGAAGAUUCCUUUAGCAAAGAAUCCAGUACCACAGUAAGUUUAUCUUUUUCACUGGUAGCAGCAUUCAUAUGUUCUUGUGCUUCUUGAUCCUUAAUUUUAAAGUCGUCUAAUGUUUGCCUCAUACAGAGUUUCAAUACAGAGUUGGCUCCUCUCUUCUUGGAGAGUUUUCUUGUGGUUCUGAAAUUCAAAUUCUUUUCAUUUUUGUAACAACCUUUUCACUUCUUUAAUACAUUCCUUGCUGUCUUCUUCUGAUUUAACUAACCUGCCUUUCACGUUUUGCUUUUCUUCAGCCAGAGCUUUAAUUUGCUUUUCAUAUUUUGAGCUUUUUUCUCUCAGAGACUAUAUUAUAAUAGUAAGAUGUUUCACUUCUGCCUUGAAAGUUACGUUUUCAUUUUCAAGUUGCAAAAUAAAAUGCUGCAAGUGUUCAGAAUAUUUGGCGGAAUUUUGUGACCCUUCAGUUUUUCCAGAGUACUGUGACACAGCUUUGAUGUCAUUGAAUUGAGGAUUUCCAGGCUCUAGUAUUCGUUGGCUUACUAUAUGCAGUUGGUCUUCUUUUUCUCUCUGCAAUUGUUCUAUGUGAUCAAACAUUUGUAACUUAUCCUUUAUUGUUUUGGAAAAGACAUUGAACUGGAACCCUUUAACACCAUUGACAGUGCUAUAAAAUUCAUUUUUCUUUUUGCUUUCAGCUUCUCCUUGGGUACUGCAUGUACUUUUAAGGGCAAAAUUCCAAAAUGUUUCAUAUUUAGAAUCUUUAUUAAAUUCUUUAUCAAGAUUCAGAUUAUUUCCUUGAAGAGCAACCAGCGUAAUAUGUGAUGUGUCUACUGUUUUUUCAGAUUCUGAAAUUUCUAUUGAUUUUGAGUCCCCACUUAAUUUCUUGCAAGAUAAAAAAAAGAGUUGAUAUUUUUGGCUCUUGUUUUGACAUAUAACCAGAAUCAUUAUAUUGACUACAGGAAACUUUCUGAAGUUCAAUCAUCUGUCCUAGUUUCUGUUCAUCAGGCUUUUGGAGAUCUUGUUUCAAUUGUUUGGUAGAAUAGUUAAAGUCUGUUAAAUGAAAUUCAUCAUCAUAUUCAAGGAAAGUCAUAGGAGCUUUAGGUUCAUCCAAAAUGGAUUUGUCAUUAGCAGUAGUAAUACUUUCAGCUUCCAUACUAGAGCAAGGUAUAACACAUUUAGGUUUGGCAAAAUCCCUCAAAAAUAUUCAUUUUUUGGAGUAUUCAUAGUUUUGAUUUCAGUUGGUCCUAAUGGUUUUUCAAUCUUUCCAGCUGUUACAGUUUUUAGUGAAAUCUGAUGAGAAAUAUUUACAUCACUGACUGCAUUUUUCAAGGAAAAUAUUAGAAUUUGCUUCCAGGGGCUGAUUGGUGCAGUGUUUCUGAUCCUACUGAAAUUCCUUCAUAGAAAACGGUGAUUGUGGACUCUGUAAACUAAAAUAAUCCAAUAACAGUCAUUCUGUAAAAACUGUUGUUUACAAUUCUAGAGGUAAGAGCCAGCCAAAUGGUUGCCAAGUCUAUGAUGCAUCUUGCAAAACAGUUACCGAUUAUAUAUGCCAAUAUAAUUUAUCUCUAACAUAAGGAAAAGAAAAUGAAUAAGGAGAGAAUUGAGUAUGUCAAUAAAUUUAAGAAACCAUAUUAUGAGCCAUAUUUCAUUUAAUUAGGUCUUUUGUUUUCUUCCUGAAGCCUACUAAUAUUUGUUAAGAUGCUAAAAUGUUGUUAGAGUGCAAAGACCCUAUCAGAACCUUGAGAGGUGAACCAUUGCUUUAGAAAAAGGCCUAUUCCAUGGCCUGUUUUUUCCAAUGACCCUAAUUGGGAUUGGAAUAAGCCUAAAGUACUGACUUAUCCCACUGAGUUCUCUAGGGACAUUUGCAGCUGGGGAAAGACAAGUUAACUAGUGAGCUAAGAGUCUUUUGAGGUCAAAUGUCCACUCAUGCCUAGCAGCUUACUGGACUAGAAUGGUUAGGGAACCCACAGAACCCAUGACAAUCCUGUAAUGGAACCAGGAUUUGGUUCUGAGUCUAUGUAAUGGUUUACUUAUCAUGCUACAGAAUUAAAGCCACCUAUCUGACCAUCCCACCCUAACAACAUAAUAGUUGUUCGCUGAACAGAAUCCAGGGCAAAAUCUUUGAAAAAAUUAUCAAGGCUCACAUUUGCGAGAGCCCGGCAGGACAAAUUAUGCUGAGGGGAAACCAGCACAGGUUCGUAGCAGGCAGAUCGUGCCUGACUAAUCUAGUCUCUUUUUAUGACCAGGUUACGAAACGCCUGGACACAGGAGGAGGGGUGGAUGUCGUAUACUUAGACUUCAGGAAGGCCUUCGAUACGGUAUCCCACCCCAUACUGGUGAACAAGUUAAGAGGCUGUGACUUGGAUGACUACACAGUCCAGUGGGUGGCGAAUUGGCUAGAGGGUCGCACCCAGAGAGUCGUGGUGGAUGGGUCGGUUUCGACCUGGAAGGGUGUGGGCAGUGGGGUCCCGCAGGGCUUGGUCCUUGGACCGAUACUCUUUAAUGUCUUCAUCAGCGACUUGGACGAGGGAGUGAAGUGUACUCUGUCCAAGUUUGCGGAUGACACAAAACUAUGGGGAGAAGUGGACAUGCCGGGGGGCAGGGAACAGCUGCAAGGAGGCCUGGACAGGUUGGACAAGUGGGCAGAAAACAACAGAAUGCAGUUCAACAAGGAGAAAUGCAAAGUGCUGCACCUAGGGAGGAAAAAUGUCCAGCACACCUACAGCCUAGGGAAUGACCUGCUGGGUGGCACGGAAGUGGAAAGGGAUCUUGGAGUCCUAGUGGACUCCAAGAUGAACAUGAGUCGGCACUGUGACAAAGCCAUCAGAAAAGCCAAUGGCACUUUAUCGUGCAUCAGCAGAUGCAUGACGAAUAGAUCCAAGGAGGUGAUACUUCCUCUCUAUUGGGCGCUGGUCAGACUGCAGUUGGAGUACUGCGUGCAAUUCUGGGCGCCGCACUUCAAGAGGGAUGCGGAUAACCUGGAGAGAGUCCAGAGUCCAGAGAAGGGCCACUCGUAUGGUUAAGGGCUUGCAGACCAAGCCCUACAAGGAGAGACUAGAGAAACUGGACCUUUUCAGCCUCCGCAAGAGAAGGUUGAGAGGCGACCUUGUGGCUGCCUAUAAGUUCAUCAUGGGGGCACAGAAGGGAAUUGGUGAGGUUUUAUUCACCAAGGCGCCCCUGGGGGUUACAAGAAAUAAUGGCCACAAGCUAGCAGAGAGCAGAUUUAGAUUGGACAUUAGGAAGAAUUUCUUCACAGUUCGAGUGGCCAAGGUCUGGAACGGGCUCCCAAGGGAGGUGGUGCUCUCCCCCACCCUGGGGGUCUUCAAGAGGAGGUUAGAUAAGCAUCUAUCUGGGGUCAUCUAGACACAGCACUCUUUCCUGCCUAUGCAGGGGGGUAGACUCGAUCUAUUGAGGUCCCUUCCGACCCUAACAUCUAUGGAUCUAGGGCUUCAACAUAGUUUGGAUGACCUGGCUGAAGUCUUAUCUACAACAAAAAGGAACAGAGCUUUCACCAUAUUGGAGAAAAACCUUGUUAAGUCCCUCAGCCUGGCUGUAUCUUCCUUGUUGACUUAAAUAACGGUUCUUUUAAGACAGAAUUAUGGUGACAUCAUGUAAGUAUAUAUUAUUAGUGAGGAAGUUGUGGCUUCUUUUCAUGUACAGACUAACCCUUGGUUUUGAUUGUAGUGCUUUGUCUUUUUAUAUAUAACUUCUGUGGUGAUAAGGGUUGGGUAACAUACUCACAAGUGUUUUGGCAGGUGAGUUGGUCAUCAGAAACUUCUCUGAGCUACCCUGUGAAGUUGUCGCAUCAAUUACACUUUUGUUCGUUAUCUCACUGAUUUCGGACUGUACCUGAAAAAGAAGUAUUAAGACUGUUUUUCUUUCAAAGACAUACAUAAAAACAUACCUGCAGAAAUAUUUCAUUUUUGGAAAAUAUCCUGUUAACAAAGGGUUUUUCUCCUCAUGAAAGAUGGGUUAGACAGCAGUGCACUGCUUUGCCCUGACAUAUGGGAAUGAAAAUUGCUGAUUUCACUGCAACUACCCUUGGAAAAUAAAAUUAAGUAUAUGUGUAAGUCUGUGCAGCAUUGGGGUCUUAGACAAAAUGAGCUAAAAUUAUUGAAAGGUCAGAAAACCGUUUCUGUAAUAGUGGCUCAUCAUCUGGGGGACAUGGCAGUUUAAAACUACAGUAUGGAUUCUGCUUUUGCUUAUGCUGAUGCAAAUCAGGAGUAACUUAUUUGAAGUCAAUGGAGUAAUUGCUCCUUUAUGCCAAUGCAAAUGAAAGAAGAAACUGAUCCUCUCUCUUUUUCUUUGUUAUCCACUUCCUUUUUCUACAAUGGCCUGUUUUCAGGUACUGCUUGACACACAGGCUCCACAGUGACUGGAGCAGUACAAAGUCCUAGACAAACAGACAGAAUAAAUUACUUUCUGGUGAUCACCAUACAUGAAAUUUAUAUAAGUGCAGAUUUAACAUGUACAGUAAGCUCAAAAUAGCAAUAGUAAGCCAAAUACUAGGGUCUAGUGUUUUGGGAUAAAUAUAUAUUUUGGCUCUUGACAAUGCUCUGUGUCAAUAGUUAUGUGUAUUCACUUUAUAAUAAUUAGGAAAUUCAUUUUCAGCAAAUCAGUAUAACUUUUGAUUUUGAAUACAGCACCUACUAUUAAAAAGCUAUUUUACUUUA